CUCACCUUUUGUGACGUAGCUGCCGUGCCUCCUGCCAUAGCGCUAGCAGCCCGAGGACCCACGCUCUCCGAGGCUUGGCCCGUUGGAGGUCGCUUUGUUGUGAAAACCCGGGUGGAUCUUCCCAGACCAUGAUGAAACUAGCUGCUGGCUUCCUUCUAAUGCUCCUGGAAGUGCUGCUCCUGCCUGAAACACCUCUUUCAGCUGAUGAACCUGUAGCCUCCACUCCAGGCAGUCCGCUCUCAUCCACUGAAUAUGAACGCUUCUUCGCCCUGCUGACCCCAACCUGGAAGGCAGAGACCACCUGCCGCCUUCGUGCAACCCACGGCUGUCGGAACCCCACUCUCGUUCAGUUGGAUCAAUAUGAAAACCACGGAUUGGUACCAGAUGGUGCUGUCUGCUCCGACCUCCCAUAUGCUUCCUGGUUUGAGUCCUUCUGCCAGUUUGCUCAGUAUCGUUGCUCCAACCAUGUCUACUAUGCCAAGAGGAUCCGGUGCACCCAGCCAGUCUCCAUCCUCUCUCCCUACACUCUCAAGGAGGUGGACUCCUCAGCAGAAGUUUCUUCCCCCACGUCCAUGACCACCCCCAUUGUGUCCCAUGCCACAGUCACAGAACACAGGGCCUUCCAGCCUUGGCCUGAGCGGCUCAACAACAAUGUGGAGGAACUGCUGCAGUCAUCCUUGUCCCUGGGAGGCAAGGAGCAGAGCAGUCGGAGGCCAGAGCACGAGCAGCACAAGCAGGAGCAGGUCCAAGAACAUAAGCUAGAAGAGGCACAGGAGCAAGAAGAGCAGGAAGAAGAGGAAGAGGAGGAGGAAGCAAAGCAAGAAGAGGGUCAGGGGACAGAAGGUCUGGAGUCAGCAUCCAGACUGCAGUCAGACACGGAGCCCAAGUUUCAAUCUCAGUCUCUGUCUUCCAACCCCUCCUUCUUCACUCCCCGGGUCCGAGAGGUGGAGUCGGCUCCAUUGAUGAUGGAGAACAUCCAGGAGCUCAUUCGGUCCGCCCAGGAAAUGGAUGAAAUGAACGAACUGUAUGAUGACUCUUGGAGAAGCCAAAGCACGGGCAGCCUCCUGCAGCUGCCCCACACGGAGACCCUGAUGGUGCUAUGCUAUUCCAUUAUGGAGAAUACCUGCACCAUGACUCCCACAGCCAAGGCCUGGAGCUACAUGGAGGAGGAGAUCCUUGGCUUCGGGCAUUCGGUCUGUGACAAUCUUGGACGGCGACACACAGCUGCCUGUCCCCUCUGCGCAUUCUGUUCCCUGAAGCUGGAGCAGUGCCACAGUGAAGCCAGCGUACUGCGCCAGAGGUGUGACGCUUCCCAUAAGAUACCCUUCAUCAGCCCCUUGCUCUCAGCCCAGAGCAUAUCCACCGGCAACCAGGCGAGGAUCUCAGAUAAAGGUCGUUUUGUUGGGCUAGAAAUGUACGGAGGGCUCAGCUCCGAGUUCUGGUGUAACCGGCUCGCCAUGAAGGGCUGUGAAGAUGACAGAGUCGCCAACUGGCUCAAGGCUGAGUUCCUUAGCUUCCAGGAUGGGGACCUCCCCACGAAGAUUUGUGACACAAACUACAUCCAGUACCCAAACUACUGUUCCUUCAAAAGCCAGCAGUGCUUGCUUAAAAACCAGAACAGAAAGAUGUCCCGCAUGAAGUGUAUGCUGAAUGAGAAGUACAACAUACUGAGCCCUGCUAAGGGCGAGGAGGUGAUCCUUCGAUGGAGCCAAGAGUUUAACACUCUGGCUAUAGGCCAGUUUGGAUGAGCCGAGCUGUGCUGCCCCCACCCCAGCCCUACCUUUCUCCAUCGCUCUCAGACUACAUCUGUCAGUUGGCUUCCGGGUGCCCCUCACGGGCCUCCUGCCUGGCCCCUACUUGCAUUUUCUUUGGGGUGGGAGAACAGUCCCAGAGAGGUGCAUGAUGGGAGCUCCGCAGGCCUUGAAGAAUACCUUCAAAUAAAAUGUUUAUCUGCA